ACUGGAUAUCUGGUGCUAUAUAUAAAGCGAAUAUAUCAUUAAACCCUUUGCAGUUAAAUGCUAAGACGCACAAUGGCGGAGUUUGACGUGAAAGCCGGCCUGCAGCACGUGUUGAAGCGGAUUGAUGAGGUGCUCCUGCAGCGUCCCAAGGAAGUGCAAACUGGAAAGCCCCUCCUCGUGGCAGUCAGCAAAACCAAGCCAGCGGAGGCCGUAAUCGAGGCCUACGAAGCUGGACAAAGAGACUUCGGCGAGAACUACGUGCAGGAACUGGAGGAGAAGAGCCGCCAUCCGGACAUCUUGGCCAAGUGCCCCGACAUCAGGUGGCACUUCAUAGGUCACAUGCAAAGCAACAAGAUUAACAAGGUUUUGUCGGUGCCAAACCUGAGUAUGAUCCAAACCGUCGACAGCGAGAAACUGGCUACCAAGUUGGAUGCAGCCUGGUCCAAAAGACAACCAGCUCCUGAGCAGCAGCUGCAGGUGCUCAUCCAGAUCAACACCAGUGGCGAGGAUGUCAAGAGCGGAAUUGAAGCCAAAGAUGCCCCGGCACUUUACCAGUUCAUCAGGAGCAACCUGAAACACCUUAACCUGAGGGGCAUAAUGACCAUUGGCGCUUUUGGCUUUGACUACAGCAAUGGACCCAAUCCGGAUUUCGUAUCGCUCAUGCAGGUGCACCGAUCCAUCUGUGAGGCGCACUCCUUGGACUCAGAUUCGGUGCUCGUUUCCAUGGGAAUGUCCAACGACUUUGACAAGGCGAUUGAAAUGGGCAGCACAGUGGUUCGCGUUGGCUCUUCUAUUUUCGGCCAUCGGGCGGCCAAGGCGUGAGGGGAGGUCCGCAGAUGUGCUAGGAAUGCGUUGCGGGCACUGAAUACAGUUGAUUCCCAAUGACGUCCGACCUCCAAGUUUGCCCAUGUAUCAGGUGGAAUUGUGUACACGCACACAGACUAACCUAGUAAAUUGUUAAAGAUGAUUUGGCGUUUAAAUUUAGAAAACCAUGAGAUAAACAAAUGUUAUGUGUAGGCUGUUAUAUCCCAUAUUUGAUUGUUAACCUCUCCAUAAACAAUGCUUCCAAAGUGUCAAAACCAUUAAUAUUCCUAGAUACUUUGCGCUCCUUGAAAAAUGGAAUACAUUUGCCGCAGUUUUCAUUAA